AGGAAAAUCGAUUUGCGAGUAUAGUAUACUAUCGAUUACAACGACCUGACGCCUUACCUCGCUGGAAAUGAUACUUUGGUGAUUGGUGACGCACGGUAACGGGUGACAAAAAUCCUCUAUGGUGAAGUUUUAAUUUCAUUCAGCGAUAUAUUUUCAACGAUAAAUCCUUUCAUUAUGGGUGAUUCUGACGAUGAAUACGACAGGAAGAGGAGAGACAAAUUUAGGGGAGAAAGAACGGAAUCUUAUUCGAGAGAAGGACGCCGAGAUGACAGAAGGAGAGAUGAUUGGGUGGAUAGUGAUUAUUUCAGAGAAUGGUCCAGUCGGCCUAGACAACGUCCAGAUUAUAGAGAAUAUCGGGGAGGUGGAGGUGGAGGACGCGAUAGAUAUAGUCCUGGUAGGUCGCAAGAGAUGGCUCCUCCUAUGAAAAGGAUGAGAGCAGAUUGGGAUGACCGACCAAGAUAUGGACAUGAUUAUUAUGGAGGUGGAGGAGGUGGUGCAACUUCUUGGGGUCCAGAUCAUUAUCCACCACCCCAUCAUGGCAAUCAUCACUAUGGAAACCAUGGUAACAAUAACAGUCGAGAAGUAGCCGGUAACUUCAGCAAUUCCAAUGUUGAAACUCAACCACCAAUGAUGUCUUUCAAAGCAUUUCUUGGAACUCAAGAAGAUUCAAUUACAGAUGAGGAAGCUAUUAAGCGAUAUAAUGAAUAUAAAUUGGAAUUCAGAAGACAACAAUUGAAUGAAUUCUUCGUUGCACACAAGGAUGAAGAAUGGUUCAAAAUAAAAUAUCAUCCAGAGGAAUCAGUGAAGAGAAAGGAGGAACAAGUGGCAGCUUUAAAAAAACGUGUCGAAGUAUUUUUGGAAAUGCUCGAAGCCGAAGAAAUAGAUAAAGUUUCCGUAGAUGCCGAUCAGGCUGAUGCUUUACUACAUUUAUUAGAUGCUGUGGUCAUUAAAUUAGAAGGUGGUACGGAUGAAGAUUUACAAGUUUUAGACGUAAAACAAAUAAAUACAAUUAUAACUAAAGAUACAAUUAAAGAAAAAGAGGACAUUAAAAGCAAAACUAUGAAUGAUAAGAGAAUUGAUAACAGCGAUAUGAAUAAAAUAGAUGAAGCUUCACGGAUAGAAAAAAAUUUAAAAAAUGGGCAAAAUACAGACGCUGAAGAUAAAAACAUAGAAAAAGAUGAAACUUUAACAGAAGAGACUGAAAAAGUAGAAGAAAAUACAGAAGAAACAAAAAAAGAAGGAGAUUUAGAAAAUACAGAUAAAACGGAAGAAAGUACUACUAAAAAAAGGAAACGAACUGACAGUAAUAGUAGUAGUAGUAGCAGUAGUAGCAGUAGUAGUUCUUCUGGCAGUGAUAGUAAUAAACCAGAUACACCGAAAACAGAAAUUCAUAUAACUGAAAAAAUGGACGUUAAUGAUGAAAAUACAGAUGCACAAGAUAGUAAAGAAGAUGAACGAGAGACUAAAGGAGAUAGUGAACCACAACCUGAAGCUAAAAAGACCGCUAUGGAACCAGAGACAGUGAUCGAUUUAGCUAGCGAAGAUAAAGAAAAAGAACCCAGAGCAUUACACAAGACUAGCAGUAUUUUUCUUCGUAAUUUAGCACCUACAAUAACAAAAGCAGAAGUUGAAGCGAUGUGUAAACGUUUUCCUGGAUUUUUACGAGUUGCCAUAGCAGAUCCUCAACCAGAAAGAAGAUGGUUUAGAAGAGGAUGGGUAUCUUUUGAAAGACAAGUAAACAUAAAAGAGAUAUGCUGGAGUUUAAACAAUAUUCGAUUACGCGAUUGUGAACUUGGUGCUAUAGUAAACCGAGAUCUUUCUCGUCGUAUUCGUACAGUAAAUGGUAUAACGUCUCAUAAACAAAUAGUCAGACACGAUAUCAAAUUAAGUGCUAAAAUCGUACACAAUUUGGAUAGCAGAGUUGGUUUAUGGAACGAUGAAAAAAAAGAUGAUAAUACGCUUAAACAGGACGAUGAUAAUAAAGAAAAUAAAAGUAUUCAAAAUGUACAUGAAGUUGAGCAAGCUGCAUUUGGAUUGUCAUCUAAAAAUCCGGUAUUGAAGAAUAUAACUGAUUAUCUAAUUGAAGAAGCAUCGGCUGAAGAAGAAGAAUUAUUAGGAAUGUCCGGUGAUCAAGAAGAGGGUCAAUUAGGAGGUGACGGAGAUGGUCCUAUUGAAAGAGAUCCAACGCUUAUCAAAGUGUUAGACAGAUUAAUCCUUUAUUUACGAAUAGUUCAUUCAGUUGAUUAUUAUAAUCAUUGUGAAUAUCCAAAUGAAGAUGAAAUGCCAAAUAGAUGUGGUAUAAUGCACGUCAGAGGAUCUCCUCCUACCGCCAAAGUUACUAGUACUGAGUUAUCAGAAUACUGUCGUAAUUUUGAAAGCAAAAUGACAGCAUUUUUGCAACCAAUUGCGACUUUAUCUCAAGAGGAAUUUGAUAAACUGGGUGCUAAGAAUGCCGAAGCUGAGGUAGAAAAAUUCGUUCAAGCCAAUACACAAGAGCUAUCAAAAGAUAAAUGGUUGUGUCCGCUUAGUGGGAAAAAAUUUAAAGGACCAGAUUUCAUUCGAAAACAUAUCUUCAAUAAACAUGCAGAAAAAGUAGCAGAGGUGAAAGCGGAAGCGGAAUAUUUCAACAAUUAUUUAAGAGAUCCAAAAAGACCACAGCUUCCCGAACAUCCAGGAAAUAAAGCACCUCCAAGAGAGAAUUUACGCGAAGGAUUUACUCCUUAUGGAUGUAGCACAUUUGGAAGCUAUGGUAGUGGUUACGGUGGUAGCAGAGGAGGAUAUGGAUCAAGUUAUGGUGCAGGAUUCGGUGGAGGGUUUGGAAUGCCACGUUCCAAUCGCGGUGGUUUUAACAGAGGACGUGGCGGAGGAGCAGAUUUUCGACCAGUCAUUCAUUAUCGGGAUCUUGAUGCACCAAGAGAACCAGAUGAAUUUCUUUAAAUAGCAUUAAAAAACAAAAGAUUGAAAGAGCAAAGGAUUAAAAGGAACGAAUUGGUAAAAGCAAUACGAAGGUCUGUGUAUUAGAUGUAUCUGUAUAUAACAAAUCGUAGAAUCAUA